AUGGCUCAGGAUCAUUCUCCCACGCGAUCGGUGUGGAGUGAGCUAUGGCAAGAAAAGCCUGCCUUGUACAUCACACUGAAUUUUACUACAAUCAUCAACGAUACUCUUUUGUCUCUACUCCUGGUCUCCGUUUGCUCUGUAGUCUACGACACGUUUCGCUUCUGGAUCGGCAGACGAACUCGCCAGACAUACCAUUGCGAGAUCGUUGAUGGCAGGGGUGGGAAUUCAGCAACUGAAUUCCUAGACAAACUCGUUCGCGACACCCGUCAUUCCCCUGUAACUGUCGCUACCAAAGCUAUGCUCCACUCUGCACUCUUCUUCUGUGUGCAGUACAUGACUUCGCAGGGUAUCGCACAGAUAGCGCGAUGGAUAGCUUCUUUUUCCAUGACAAACAAGAAUAUGAAGCGACGGUGUAGCCGCUUGCUUGACAGGGGGAUUAAGUGCUCUGCUGUACUUCGCUACCAUACACCUCUCAACAUCACAGCUGCCGUUAUUCUUCUAUGCAUCAUUCGAGGCUUUCAACUACACGUCAAGUCGCCCAAGAGUCGGGCUCAAGAUAUCAACUACAGCCCUGGCUUCUUGAAGCUUCUCUCCAGGUGUCGAUACAUUGCGCAGACGGUCCUCGCCUUACCAAUCGCGGUUACUCACAUGUACACUUGUGUUUUGAGGGGGACGCUGUGGAAGUAUACGAAACUGCUAGUCGUUCAGGCGUCUGCCUCAUGGGCAAUCUUUGUCACAGGAAAUUUGAUGUGUUUGCUUGCUGCACUACCUGAUUUCCAAGGUACUAUGGAGGCACUAGAAGAGUCGGGGAUCACAGGUAGUCGAGGAUGA